AUGGGGAAGACCAACAGCAAGCUGGCCCCAGAGGUGCUGGAAGACCUGGUUCAAAACACCGAGUUCAGUGAGCAGGAGCUGAAGCAGUGGUACAAGGGCUUCCUGAAGGACUGCCCCAGCGGCAUCCUCAACCUGGAGGAGUUCCAGCAGCUGUACAUCAAGUUCUUCCCCUACGGCGACGCCUCUAAGUUUGCGCAGCACGCUUUCCGCACCUUCGACAAGAACGGCGACGGCACCAUCGACUUCCGGGAGUUCAUCUGCGCCCUUUCGGUCACCUCCCGCGGCAGCUUCGAGCAGAAGCUCAACUGGGCCUUUGAGAUGUACGACCUGGACGGCGACGGGCGCAUCACGCGUCUUGAGAUGCUGGAGAUCAUCGAGGCUAUCUACAAGAUGGUGGGCACCGUGAUCAUGAUGCGUAUGAACCAGGAUGGGCUCACACCCCAGCAGCGUGUGGACAAGAUCUUCAAGAAGAUGGACCAGGAUAAGGACGACCAGAUCACACUGGAGGAGUUCAAGGAGGCGGCCAAGAGUGACCCGUCUAUUGUGCUGCUGCUGCAGUGUGACAUGCAGAAGUAGAGGCUGUUGGUGGGCGAGUCCUACCCAUGAAGGCGUGUUUGAUCACUCCAAGCUUCUGGACAUAUACCCCUGGGUGAUAUUUGCUGGUCAGGCCAAAGAUUCUCAGACAUCCCAGCAGUGUGAACACAUGGUGCCAGGCUGGGGACUGGGACCACCUUCUUGCUGAUGGGAAGAGCCACAGGCGGGCCAGGCCUUGCUCCCACAUGCUCCUGAAUGUCCACAGGGACUGUGUGCUUGGAAUUUGCGGUAGAGCACCGGCCCUGCCUUGAGAAGAGAGGCAGGCCUCCCAUCCCCGCCCCAGCUACAAGGGACUUACCACAGAGCACAGGGUUAGCAGAGACUGAAGUAUGAGUCGCCUAGACACAAAAAUAUACAGACAGUGAAAAUGUUGAAAUAUCCAAACUCUCUUUUGAAGUUCUGUAUCUUCUUGCAGCAACUCUGCGAAAUGCAAGGUCCGCAAAUCUGCCGUCUAACUGUAUUCUGUCCUCAUUCAUCCUUUUGGGCUAAUUGAUGAGCCCCUUAUUUCUUAUCUCUAAAAAUCAUCACCAAGGCCAACUUCUGAUGGUAACUCUAGUCUUUUGAGCUGUCGUCAAGAUUAUAUGACUUACCUUUGAAUCAAAAGUUAAGAAAAAGGAAGCUCAUAAGCGAAGACACUGAAUCGUUUCCUGAUAUUGGCAGAGUUCCUAAAGAUAGAAAUUCAUCCUGCUGCAGAGAGAAAGAGGAGGGGAGGGGAGAGAAGAGAAAGAGAAAGAAUAAGAGAAGAAGCUGGGCAGGGUAGAAAGCUGACACUGUAAGUAUUUUUACACAAAAAUUUACUAAAGCAGCAAGUAUUUCCUGAAGAUCCACCCUGGGUGAGGUUUUGUGCUGACAUUGGAGAUCGCUGUGGGGGCAAGAAUACAUUUCUUACAUAUUUUAUUCACCAGUUUUGAAAAAAAAAAAAGAAUUCAAAUCUGCAAUUGAAAAGUCUCAGAAAAAUAUGGAUUUUUUUCCCUGAACUUUUCAGUGUUUUCUUUUACCUUUGCCAGAGUGUUGAGGGCAGGACUCGGCCUCCCAGGGUGUAUGGCCCUUCCUGCUUGGUGGAGCCUGCAGGAGUGUGGGGGCCUGGAGAGGCAGGGGGGCUGGGUGGCAGAAGAGGGGCCUUCCGACUCAUUCUCCAGCAUUGCCCCGUCCCCUCCAGAUGUGCUGCUGCUAGCUGUGCCUGCAGUGACUGUCCUCACUCUUCAACCCUGUGCUGUGUGGUGUAUUUUUUUUUCACUGACAGUGAAUAAAAGGUGUG